AUAACAUUUCACACAACAUUAUCAAAUCUCUCUCCAUUCUCAAAUCUCACAAACUUCUUGUGAUUCCUUUAAUAUGGAAGAUCUGAGUAGCGUUUCCGAGAUUUCAACAAGUACAGAUUCCACUCACACUCCCGCCAAGAUUCCGCCGCCGCCGACGACGGCAAAGUCAUCAUCUCCGGCGAGUUUAUACAGAAUGGGAAGUGGGUCAAGCGUGGUUCUUGAUUCCGAGAACGGCGUCGAAGCAGAAUCAAGAAAGCUCCCUUCCUCAAGAUUCAAAGGCGUUGUCCCUCAGCCAAACGGAAGAUGGGGAGCUCAGAUAUACGAGAAGCACAAGCGCGUGUGGCUCGGCACUUUCAACGAAGAAGAAGAAGCGGCGCGUGUUUACGACGUCGCCGUUCUCCGUUUCCGCGGCCCUGACGCCGUCACUAACUUCAAACCAGACACGACGUUAGAUAACGGUGACGUUAGAGAAGAAGUAGAGUUUUUAAACGCACAUUCUAAAUAUGAGAUUGUUGAUAUGUUGAGGAAACACACUUACAAAGAAGAGUUAGAGCAGAGGAAACGUAAACGUAACGGUAACGGUAACGGAGAGACGCAAGAGACGGCGUUUGUUAACGUUACGGUUACGACGGGGUUUAAAACGGCGGAGUGUCUGUUUGAGAAAACGGUAACGCCGAGUGACGUGGGGAAGCUAAACCGUUUAGUGAUACCGAAAAAUCAAGCGGAGAAAUAUUUUCCGUUACCGUUAACGGGGGAUGUUUCCGUGAGAGGGACGCUGUUAAAUUUCGAAGACGUUGACGGGAAAGUGUGGAGGUUCCGUUACUCGUAUUGGAACAGUAGUCAAAGUUAUGUGUUGACUAAAGGUUGGAGUAGGUUCGUUAAAGAGAAGAGACUCUGUGCCGGUGAUUUGAUCAGUUUUAGAAGAUCUAACGGUCAGGAUCAGCAGUUGUAUAUUGGGUGGAAGUCAAAGGCCGGGUCGGAUCAGGAUACGGGUCGGGUUGUCGUGAGAUUAUUUGGCGUUGACAUUGCUUCGGUUAUGUGUCGAAACGAUGUUGUGAAGGAAGAAACGGAGAUGUCGUUGAGGAGCAAUAAGAAGCAACGCCUUGUAACUACAAUUUAA